AUGACCUCCGUCUCCAACCGCGAGCUCUGCCGGAUUUUCUACGUAGCUGACGCCGAACACUACUUUACCUGCAACUACUCUGGCACGCGGCGUAAACAGCUACCCUCAAGUGGCUACGCCAAUUUGGUUGGCCACCUCAAGGACAACCACCCUGGCUACGUCGCCGCCUACGACGCACACCAGCGCAGACAGGCUGGCUCACUGACAGCCUGUGGGUUCGUCAACCCAACGGCUUCCAACAUGUACAGCUGGAUUGAGUGGGUCGUCGACUGCAAAAUACCUCUUAGUGAGGUCGACGAUCCACUCACUCGCAGCAUGUCGAAGCUCAAGCCUAUUUGCUCGAAGACGCUCAAUGUAUACAUCGGCACGGAAGUGGCUGCUGUUGAGACAAAGAUCAGCGCCGAGCUGAACGGGCCAUUUGGAAUCAUGUUUGAUGGCUGGACGUGCUUUUUGGAGCAUUACGUGGCUCUGUUCGCCGUUUUCUGGCACGACAGACAGCACAAACAGACGCUUCUGGCGAUUGCACCAAGAAGGAGAUCUAACGGCCCAAUCACAUUGCGCUUUUAUGCAUAG